GAUAUUUUAAUUUAAUAAUAAUAAUCUCUAAAUAUAUACUAUUUUCAUAUUGAAAUAAUUAAUAUUUUUAGAUAUAUUCAGUUCCAGUUUAGUUUUUAUUGAUUUUUAAUUAAAAAUAUAAGGUUACAAGAUAAGCCAAGUGUUUUAUAGUGAAAUAAAAUAUGUAUCUACAUAUUAAUGAUCUUUGUAGAAAACCUCUAGCCUACAAUAAAACUUGGGCAAAAGUUUUUUAACAACCAAACGAUGAAAUGGUUCAAGUUUUGUUUGAUUUCGGUUUUUAAAAUUUACCAAAAUUUGAACAUUUUGAUAUUUUGUGAUAUCGGUUUGGUUCGGUCUUUGGUUAAAGAACCCAAGGGGUAAACAGCAAUUGAACCAAUCUUCCUUUCCCUAAAGAUCACUUUGAGUUGUAUGCGUUCUUCUCCGGCUAUGUACAACUGCUCAUCUUCCUUUCUCCUCUCUCUUCCCGCCAUCGAUGCUCGACUGGUGAGACCCACUUCGUACAGUUUUAGAUGGAUUCACCACUCGAUCAUCACUAGCUCAUGGAGGAGGAGGAGGAAUCACCUCUCAAUCCAUGAAAUCACGAUUCUUUCCUCAUCACAAGCAUGUUGUUUUGGUGCCAAAGACUCUACCUUUCUCCGGAAAUUCAAGUUUAAUGAGAAACCAAGCGGCAAGUUCGUUACUUGCGUGAGUUCAUCACUACCUAGUGAAGAAGUAGAAGGAGAAGAAGUUGAUUCUUCUCAUUUGGGUUUCCUGGAAAACGAUAGUGCAGAAUCUCCUAGAGGUGGUGAUUUGAUUCAGCAAGUGGGUGAAGACAAUCUGAUAAAGAUAGGAUCUAAAGGAUUCAAACAGACGUUGACGAGAUCGAACCUUGUAGCUAAGCAAGUUAUUAGUAUACAAUCAGCUCUGAGUUUAGGAUUCAUCUCUCAGCUCUGGGUUGACACUACUUCUUGGUUGGUUUUGGUGGUGGAUGUUAAGCCCACCUUGCUAUCUGGAGAGUCUGAGAGAUUCUUGCUCACAGACAUUACUCGAGUGGCUGAUGUUGUUCUCGUGAAAGAUGAUGCUGUUCUGGACACUGAGUUCAAAAUGGUUGGCCUUGAAACACUGGUAGGUUACAGAGUGGUGACACCGGGAGGGCGAAACAUUGGAAAGGUUCGAGGUUACUCAUUCAACAUAAACUCCGGAGUAGUUGAAUCGCUUGAGCUUGAUUCGUUUGGAGUUACCAUCAUACCAUCAAGCUUGGUUAGUACAUACAGAUUAGAUGUUGAGGACAUAAUCGAGGUCUUAGAAGACAUAGUUGUUGUUGACGAAUCUGCAGCUUUUAGGAAACAGAGGUUGACAAAGGGACUCUGGGAUGCUCAGUUCGGUAGUGAAUACUCUGAUGUUGAGGAGCUUGAACGUUCAUCUGAUAGAAGACGGCGAAGGAGAAGCAGUAGACCAAGUCGAAGGAAGAGAGAUUUAGAUGAUGAUGCUGAGGAAUGGGACAUAUUUAGCUAGGAGUAUGAAUUCAUUGUUUGGUCUGAUAGAGAGAAUGUAAAGAAAAAACGUCUUGUUCAAAUAUAAUAUGAGUUUAUAAUAAUGGCAACAAUGGUCAAAUGCAAUGAGAUCUUUAGCUUGUCUAUGCAACAA